AUGGCUAAAGAAUAUACAAUUUCUGAAUUUAACAAUCUAAUGAAGAAGGUUGAACAAAUAGAUGUUAGGGUGAAAGAGUACUUGCAGAAGGCUGGUUAUGACAAGUGGACUAGGGUGUAUGCUACUGUAAAUCGUGGUUUUACACUUACAUCAAACAUUGUAGAAAUCAUAAACAGGCAUAUAAUGGAAGCGAGGGAAUUGCCUAUAUAUGAUUUCUUAGAGGAAGUUAGAAAGAUAUUUGGCAGAUGGAAUCACAACAAUCGACAAGUUGGGACAUUCACACGCACCCCUAUUUGCGGGAGAUACAAUGAUCUUCUCGAGUUAAAUGAGGCCAAAAGCACACGAAUGAGGCUGAUGAUUACUGCUAACUUAUACAAGCCAGUAGUGGUGUUGGGCAUAUAUGAGAUUCCUCUAUUGCCACUGCCUGAUAGGUCUAUAUGGGAGAUACCAAAUUUUAUAUUAAGCAAAAUUGCUCUACCACCCAAGUACAAACGUCCCCCCAGGAGGCCAAAGAAAAGAGAAAGAGAAAAGUCUGUUGGAGAUUUUUAUAAGUCUAAAUCCACUAAUUCAUGCAGUGCUUGUGGGAUGACUGGUCACAAUAGGCGUUCGUGUAGGAAAAUACGUCGAGUUGAAUAA